AACACCAACAGUAGCAUUAACAUUAGCAUUAGCAGAAAAGCGUAGUUUGGACCCUUCCCUUGCCUCUCUUUCUCUUCCCUUUUUCCUCUUUUUUUCCCAGCACUCUAUUCAAUUCUAACCUUCUAUUUUUCAAUUUCCUGCUUUAUUUUUUGCUUUUUGCUAAUUACUAGCCUGCCUUUUCCACAUGCAAAUGCUAAAGUUUGAAAACUCCUUCUGGGACAACCCCGGCGCCGGCCACCAGCCGCGGUACGAGCGAGGCCCCCAAAGCCUGUACGAAAAGCUCGAGCAAGGUUCCGCCGAAUGUGACGAGCUGCUUUCAUUUUUUCGCGACCGCGCAGCCAUAGAAGAGACCUACGCGACGAACCUUCGGCAACUCUCCGAGCGACAACUAACAUUGGCCGGCUUCGACCGCGACGAGGGCGCAACGCUCAAGACGGCAUUCCGCGGGCUCAUAAGCGAGUGUGUGGCAAUGGCCGGGGCACAUGCCGAUCUGGCGCUGGAGCUGCAAACCACGUGUAUCGCCCCCCUGCGUAGCUUCUCGAACGAGCACCGUGCGCGCGUACGCGCCUCUUGGAAACUCAUCGAUGACACCGUAAGGCGUGCAUCGGGCGAGCUCAGCCAGGUUGACCGCAACCAUCGGGUGUACAAGCAGAAGGCUGCGGCGGCCGAGGAGAUGCGUAUGCGGGAGAACCCGCGCAUGCAGUCGCCUGGCGAGGAGCCGCCGGCGGAGUUCGAGGUCAAGUCGCGGCUGUCCAUGGGCGUGCUCGCGGCCGAGGCCGACGCUGCCGCCGCCGCCGCCGCUGUGUCCGCCACUCAGCCGCCAGUCGACAAUGAGGCUGCGCAGCGCUUUCUGCUGACGCGCAGCAGCAUUACGUCGCCGCUGCCGCCGGCGCACGGCGGCGCGCUGGACGUGGCGAGCAUCCUGCUGGGCAACAUUGCGCUGACCAGGCAUGAGUUCCACGUGAUGCUUCAGCGCAUGCAGAAGGAGGUGCCGCAGCACGACGUCAAGUUUGGCAUCCUCGGGACGUUCCGCGGUCUGAUCAGCGGCGAGAGCCUGGCUGGCUGGUGGUGCACGAACUACCCGACGGUGGUGCGCAACGAGGCCGACGCUGUGUCGGUCGGCCAGAGCAUGAUGGACCAGGGCUACCUGCGCUUCAUGGGCCGUGGGUCGCAGUUCCAGUCGCGAGCUAACGGCUACUACCAAUGGAAGAAGCCGGCGCUGGACUUCCAGAGUGACGAUGAUUACGACAGCGACGACGACCAGCCGCUGAGCAACCGCACCAGCACUAACCUUGGCCGCGCCGCCAUGUCCUAUGAGCGCGCGCAGAGGGAGGCUGACGAGGCUAGCCAGGUGUACCGCGACUCGGUGGUGCGCGCCGAACUCGUGCGCACUGAUCUGGAGGAGCAGCUGAUCAACUACCUGGACACCAUGGAGGUGUGGGAGCUCAACCGCCUGAUCAACGUUAAGACGAUGUUGGCCGAGUACGCGCGCAUCCACAAGAUGCCUGUGCAGGCCGAGCUGGCCAUCGGUGACCGCCUGGAAGUUUACGAGGAGAGCCUUAAGCCGCAGCAGGACAUCCAGUGGACCAUCGAGCACUACGGCACUGGUCGUUUCACCCCGCGGCCGAUUAUCUUCCGGCCCUUUGGCUUGAGCCCCGCAGAGUACCAGAUCUUCGGCGUGUCGCUAGAUGAACAGCUCUUGGUCUCACACAAGGAUAUCCCGCUGUUCCCGGCCAAGGCCCUCAGUGCCAUCAGGAAGGCCACGCUCGAUAUGGCGCCCGAGGACAGAUACAAGGUGUGGACUACGCGCGCGCUGCUGCGUAAUAUCCACGAGAUGCGCAACUCGGUAAACCGCGGAUCCAAGGUAACUCUGAAGCAGCUGCGGCAGUUCGAGCUGCCCGUGGUCGCCAACGUGCUUGUCUUGUACUUUCUCGAAUUGCCUAUGCCUCUUUGCCCCGAGGAGCUGCACGGCCCGCUGAGGGCCCUGUACAGUUCCGCCAGCGAGAAGAGCACAGAGGAUACCCUGGAUACCAUUAGGGGUUUGCUCAAGGGCGUCAGUUACGCGCACUUGAAGACCCUGCAGACCCUGUUCUUUACGCUUAGCGAGCAGGUCAAGGACGAUACGGAUGCGGAGGCCCGCAAGGCCUUUAUCCGGGAUAUCAGUAUGAGACUCGGCCCUGUUAUUCUGCGCGGCAGGGAGAUUGUCGGCGUCAGCGUCAGCAGGGUGCCGCAGAUUUUUGCCACGGACUUGAUUGAGCACUAUGACGAGCUCUUGGGCGGGAUUGAUGUGCAACGGCCAGUUAAGCUUAGCGUUAGGCCGAACAAGGGGGAUAUUGCUUAUGAGGACAGUCAAUUGGCGCAUGAUAUGGAUCAGGCCCACUUGACCAGCGGUGCGUCGGCUAAUGCCACUGCUGUGGCACCGUCUUCUGCGACAGCUGCAUUGGCGGCUGUGGCGGCGGCGGCAUCCGUAGUGUCUCCCAGGGCGUCUUUGGACACCCCAACCAGUGCGUUCAAUCGCUUGUCGUCUGCCUCUGCUAGAUCUGCCAAUGCCCCUAACGACAAGUUGGCAGCAACCGCUGCUGCUGCUCCUGCUAGUGCAGGCAACCGGGCUAGCAUAUCUUCUAAUGGCAGUCGCUCGCAGCUGGCUGUCACACCUAACACUUCGGAUACUGUCAAGACGCACACGUCGUUUGAUGAUGAUGAGAUGCUAGUUGACAAUAUUCUUGAGGAGACUGAUGGUGCUGCUGCGGGAGAGGAUAAUAUGGACUUUUUCCUGAAGGACGAGGACUCUGAUGGAACUGACGAUGAGGAUGGGGACAAUGAGGAUGACGACGCGGUGGAUGGUGGCAAGAAUAUUUGACGCUGCUAGUGACAAAAAACCACUCAAUGCUUGUGCUUGAAAAAAAUAUAUAUAGACACUGGAGACUUUAGAUAACAUUUCUAUUUUUAAUAACAAAUAUCAAU